AUGUCUGCUUCGGAUACGAGUUCAGAUUCGUUCAUCAAGGGCAAAAGAUACUCGGAGAAUCAAGAGCUGGGAUGGGAGAGCUUGGAGUUGAACUUCAGGUCAGAUGAAAAAAAGGAGGAACGACGUGAGGGCGGGCGACGCGCGUGGCUUACCGUCGCCGGCUCGUCCCUGAUCUAUUUUGCGACUUUGGGCUCUGCCAAUUCGUUCGGCUUCUUCCAGAAUUACUACGAGCAUCGUUUUCUCCAAGGGGUUCCGGCGUCGACUAUCUCUUUCGUUGGGACGCUGCAGAUUACGCUUAUGAAUGUUCUCGCCGCACCCGCCGGCGCUCUCUUUGAUUGCUAUGGGCUAAGGUCACUGUACAUAUUCUCAGGCAUUAGCUGCUCGGGCGCAUUUGUCGGUCUGUCGUUCAUUCAAUCUGGCUCACUAUGGCAAAUCUUCCUCGUCCAAGGCGUUCUCCUCGGCCUCGCAAACGCAUUCGGCUCGCAGCCCGCCCUCGUUGUUGUCGGACAACACUUCAUUCGCCGACGUGCUCUAGUCAUGGGCAUGGUGGCUGCCGCGGGCAGUGUCGGUGGUGUUUGUUUCCCCGCUCUCCUUGCCAGAAUGGCGAACGACAGGCGAAUCGGGUAUGCAUGGUCAUUGAGAGUCGUAUCCGGGAUCAUCGCGUACGUACAAGACGCUGCCAUUGCGACAUUUCAAACUGAUAAAGAUAUGCCUGGUUAG